UUCUUUUUGCUACUUCGCAUUCCCUGCUUGCGUCAUGUGGCGUCCUGUUGAGCUGUUCCCUAUGGGAUGGGUGGCUGAACAUGAGCGCACAAAUCUACACAACGACAUAGAAGGCAAUCGGACCGGCUAGCUGGUUCCUUGUGUUUUGCACAACCUUCUCCUGGUCGAUUGGUACACAACCUCUUCUCUCUGAUACAACAAGAACAAUUCGACGCCAUUUCCGAGCACAACCCGAGUGUACCUGCGGAAAUAGACUUUCGUCCUCUGGCAUCGUUGUUGUCGAUCUACAUCCUCUCGGAGAGCACCAUUCUCACCUGCUCACCGAUCUACGAAAUUGAGAAUGACUGGUCGCGCGUGGUAUGGGACAAUAUUGCCUUGGCUCAAGGCGACCAUCGCACAGAGGCAAGGUCAACAAGAUACCUGCCUCGGUCCUUCUGAUCACAACCUUGUCUUCCUCUUCCUCCUCCUUCUCAUUCUUCCCGUUUGUGGCCUUUCUUCUCUGUAUUUCUUUUUCUCUUUAUAUCUUGGGCUCGGAGCGAAUGGUGUCUUUCUUACAUAUCACAAUGUCUUCAUCUCUCUCCUGCUACCACUUCUCUUCCAUCUCGAUAUCAAGCACCGUUUUCCAAAUGUGGCAUUGACAACGAGGUUGAAACCAGAAGUAAUGGACGUGGAGGAUGGCCAGAUCAUUGAUCAUGGAAAGGUUGUGCUUUACUUGUGUACAUUUGGCAGUGAUGGCAACCGGCGGCCGCAGCGAGAGGUUCAUCAUCUCUGGCUAGGCAUGCGCGUGCGCCAGUGGGCGUGUCUAUAAGCUCUUAGGUAGUCGUGUGUAUGGCUGGUAUUUCUCUCCCCGUGUCGCGGGUAGGAAACGUCAAG